AUGGUAAACAGAGAGCCUCUUACCUUCCGUCUCCUCAGCCUCUCCCAGCUGACGAAGGAGUAUCAGAGCCUUUCCCAGCUGACGAAGGAGUAUCAGAGCCUUUCCCAGCUGACGAAGGAGUAUCAGAGCCUUUCCCAGCUGACGAAGGAGUAUCAGAGCCUCUCCCAGCUGACGAAGGAGUAUCAGAGCCUUUCCCAGCUGAGGAAGGAGUAUCAGAGCUUCUCCCAGCUGACGAAGGAGUACCAGUGUCUUUCCCAGCUGACGGAGUGCCAAAGGCCUCUUCCACCUGACGAAGGCGUAUCAGAGCCUCUCUCAGCUGACGAAGGCGUAUCAGAGCCUCUCCCAGCUGACGAAGGCGUAUCAGAGCCUCUCUCAGCUGACGAAGGCGUAUCAGAGCCUCUCCCAGCUGACGAAGGCGUAACAGAGCCUCUCCCAGCUGACUGUUAUGUUAGGGAUAAUUUCAUGUUCCUAUAA